CGUUAGGCAGACGUCCUAGAACCGGUCUGGUCGCGUUUGUGGCUUCUGGCUCAGUCAACCACAACCGGCCAUAAUGUCCGGCUCCGUUGCUGCAGUCGGAAAUCCAGACUUCCGACACUUCCCCAUUAACUUUUCACCUACACGCUUCUUACUUAGUAGGAAGUGGAUACUGCACCGGCCAGAUGCGUCUGCGUCUUUAUUGGCACGAACCCCUAUCAUAUGUCCGAAACCCUGCAACUGGCAGCAACUGAAGGCAACUCCAACCAACCCAUAAGCGUGGCCAAGGGCGUUGGCAGAAGACACGUGUAACUUUGUAUAGAUAGGGAUACCUUUGAUAUGUAUUCGGGUCCAAUGCUUUUGUCCGUACGCUAGGGCCAGCCAGAACAAGGAGUACGCACCUUACGGACACAUGCCCUUGCCCUGCAAGGCUUCAAGGAAGAUACCGAUUGUGCAGUCUGUGCCAUUUGCUCCAUGAUCGGAUUCGGCCUGUGCGUACCUGUGCCUUUGGCCUUUACGAGAGGCCUUAAGCGGCGUCCGUGUCCUCUGACAGGGUUUCUCAACAGCCGCGGGCAUCAACUAGCGCAUUACGAAGGUGUUGUUGUUGCUUUACGGCCCGGGAGAAAAUCGUGGGUUGGUACAGCACCGGGCCAAAGCUGCGUGAGGCGGACCUUGACAUUAACGAGCUCAUACGCCAGUUCUGCGACCACCCGGUGUUGGUGAUUUGCGAGGUCCAGCCCAAGGAGGUGGGGCUGCCCUUCACCGCCUACUACUCGGUGGACGAGGUGCGCACCGACGGCACCGAGAAGGCCAAGAAGGUGUUCAACAGCCUGCCCACGGAGGUGGGGCAGACGGAGGCGGAGGAGAUCGGUGUGGAGCACCUGCUGCGCGACGUGAAGGACGCCACGCUGUCCUCGCUGGCGGGCGAUGUGGCCUCCAAGCUCAUGGCGCUCAAAGGACUGCAGUCCCGGCUGGCUGAGAUCUCCGAGUACCUGGGCCUGGUGCUGUCGGGGCGACUGCCCGUCAACCACGAUAUCAUCAACUACGUGCAGGAGAUCUUUAACCUGCUGCCCAACAUGAACGUGGAGUCGCUGUCCAAGUCGCUGGCAGUCAAGUCCAAUGACAUGAUGCACGUCAUCUACCUGGCCUCGCUGGUGCGCUCCAUCCUGGCGCUGCACAAGCUGAUCGACAACAAGGAGGGGCGGCUGUGGACGGAGCGGGAGGCGGCCAAGAAGGCGGAGGAGAAGGACAAGGCGGCGAAGAAGGACAAGGAUGGCAAGGAGGCGGGGAAGGAUGGGAAGGAGGUAGAGGCGGCGAAGGACGGCAAGGGCGCGGACGGGAAAUAGGUUAAGGAGGAGGAGGGGUUAGGAAGGGGCGGAGGGGAGCACUGGAGGAUGGAGGUGCAGGGAGGGGGUUGUAGAAGGGGGAUGGAAGGCAGGAAGGGAGGGCUGCUUGAGUAGUGGUGGGACCGCUACGAGCGCUGGACAUGAUGUUAUUAGCAUACUGCUGGACGAGGAAGUGCGGCGGGGGUUAGAACACGAAUUGCUGAUGGUCGAGUUGGUGUGGUUUUGCUGGCGGCUCUCCUUCCGUGAAGUGGGGCUGUCUGGGAACCUGUGAACUUGGGGUGCGCAUGCCAGCAUGCACCUGGGUAGUGCGUAGCAGCAGCAGCAGCACACAAGUCGCCCAUGCAAGCAGGUAGUAAUGAUCACCACCUCCCUAGAUGGUGUGGAGGUUUGCUUGCAUGUCGGACAUCUGCUUGGCGGGUGGAUAACGCAAACCUGGAUGCUGGCGCUGCUGCCGGGGGCUGGGGGCUCGGCACGGCGCAAGGAGUGCUUAGCAGAAGGCCCUAGUGCCCAAGGAAUGCGUGUUGCAUGUUGCGUUGACGUGCCGUGUUCGUGUCGGCACGUGUGCCUCGGGGCUAGGUCGGCGAAGGAGGAGGGAGGCGGGGUCCCCCCGUCUGGCUUCAAUCCGAAGGGGAGAUUCACGUGUGCGCUGUUGCUGGAGAUUACGAGGGGACCGGUAUGCGGGUAGGGCUUCAUGCCAAAUUGUAUGGGGCGGCCUGUGAAGGGCGACAGUUGACGGCAUGCGACACAUCUCCUACUGGGCUGCUGUCCUUUGUAAGAAGACUAUUUGAGG